AUGGCCGCCUCGUCGCUGGCUUUCGUGGCGCGCCGUGGCGAGCCCGAGCUGGUCGCGCCGGCCGGGCCGACGCCGCGCGAGCUCAAGCGGCUCUCCGACCUCGACGACCAGGAGAGCCUCCGGUUCUACCGCUCCGUCAUCUACUUCUACCGGAGCCACCCGUCGCGCUCGGGCUUGGACCCGGCCAGGGUCAUUCGUCACGGGCUUGCCGCGGCGCUCGUGCACUAUUACCCCAUAGCCGGCCGGCUCCGCGAGCUGCCCGGCAGGAAGCUCGUGGUGGACUGCACCGGCGAGGGGGUGUGCUUCGUCGAGGCCGAUGCAGACGUCUCGUUGGACGAGUUCGGCGACACGCUGUGUCCGCCGGUCCCUUGCGCCGGAGAGCUCCUGUGCUUGCCCGAGAGCAACUCCGCCGUCGUCGUCAACCGGCCUCUGCUCUACGUUCAGGUGACGAGGUUGAGGUGCGGAGGCUUCGUGUUCGGCAUCCAGGUGUGCCACAGCCUGGUCGACGCGCCGGGAAUCACGCAGUUCUUGCAAGCCGUCGGAGAGCUCGCCGGCGGCAUGGAGGCGCCCAGCGUGCGGCCGGUGUGGGCGAGGGAGCUGCUCGACGCGCGCGACCCUCCGCGUCCCAAUUACCACCACCCCGAGUACGAGCUCGUGGCCAACGCGGCCAACGACAAGCUCCGCCCGGGUGAAGAGCUCGUGCACCGGGCCUUCCUCUUCGGCUCCGAGGAGAUCGCCUCGCUCAGAGAGCAACUUCCGCCACGGAUGAGGGCCCGGUGCUCCCGGUUCCUGCUUCUGUCGGCGUUCGCGUGGCGCUGCCGGACGGCCGCGCUCGGGUACGAGCCCGGCGACGAGGUGCGGUUCAUGUUCGUGAUGAACGCCCGCGGGAAGCGCGACCGCCCGCUCCCGGAGGGGUUCUACGGGAACGCGCUCACCUUCGGCGUGGCGCGGACAACGGCCGGCGAGCUCUGCUCGGGGUCGCUGGGCCGCACCGUGGAGCUGAUCGUGGCGGCGAGGGCUCGGAUCGCCGCCGACGACUACGCGCAGUCGGUCGCGGACGCACUGGUGCUGCGCGGGCGGCCGCGGUUCACGACGGCGCGGACGUACCUGGUGACAGACCUGACCAAGUCGAACCUUCACGAGGUGGACCUCGGGUGGGGGAUGCCGGUGUACGGCGGGCCGGCCACGACGACGCUGGCCACGUUCCACAUUCCCGCGACGGGCGGUGGGAUCACCGUGCCCAUGUGCUUACCACCCUGGGCCAUGGAGAGGUUCGCGGACAAUGUGUGCGCGGGGCUCUCGCCGGCUUCUUCGUGCCGUGGACGUUCCAGUAGCGUGGAGUCCGCUAUACAGUCCAAUUUGUAG